CACUCGAUGGCUGCCUCCGCGGCGCUCGAGCUGGCCAUGUUCCUCGAGGUCUGCCGGCCGUACCUCGAGUCGAGCCAGUCGGCGCGCCGGCCCCGGGGCCUCUGCACGCUCUGGGCCAUGCUGACCUUCUUGCGCACCGAGGAGGCCGGCCCGGAGUUUGCGCGCUGGUGCCAGAGGUACCGCCUGGCGCACCUGCGCGACCGGGACGAGGACGGGCCGAGCGUCGGGUCAGCGGGCUUCCGCCGGCUCCAGGGCCUCGAGCGCAAGCUCCUCCGCGUGCUCAACGACUACUUCUACUGCGGCCUCUGCCUGCCGCCCAACGACCUCGCCCUCUGACUCCUCCCCCCACCCCCGAUUUUGUUGCAGUAGCGGUAGAAAGGCAGCAUGUCCGAGAGCGACGGCGAGCAGGCGGCCAGGUCGCUCGCCCUCGAGCAAGCUUACGUGCACGAGGUGUACGAGCAGUGCGCCACCGACGGGACGGCCCAGGGCAGGCACUGGCCCCGCAUCCAGCAGUUCCUCGAGGAGCUCGAGCCCGGCGCGCUCGUCUGCGACAUCGGCUGCGGAAACGGCAGGUACCUCGGCCUCAACCGGAGCGCGUUCAAAGUCGGCGCGGAGCGCUGCCAGAGGUUCGCCAGCAUCGCGCGCCACAAGGAGAACGAGGUGCUCGCCUGCGACAACCUCUCCCUGCCCUUCCGGGACGAGAGCUUCGACGCGGUGCUCUCGAUCGCGGUGGUCCACCACUUCUCGACUACGGAGCGCAGGGUGCGCGCCCUCAAGGAGCUCGCCCGGGUCCUCCGGAUCGGGGGCCGCCUCAUCAUCUCCGUCUGGGCGAUGGAGCAGAGGCACCGCAAGUUCGAGUCGCAGGACGUCCUGGUGCCCUGGCCCAAGCCCUACUGCCUCAGCUCGUCCGGCAGUCCGAUUAAGCCCCGGGCGAGCACCUGCUCCGAGGACAGGCAGCACCGGGCCCAGAGCUACCUCCUCUCCAAGGGGAAGGGCAGCAAGCCCAGGAGCUACUGGAUAGACCCGAUAUUCAGCCCCUCGCCCUCGAGCAGCAGCCUCUCCAGCCCCAACGAAACCUGCUACAGCUUCUUCCGACGAGCCCUGCAGAAACUGGCGGGCGGCCGUCGCAGCAGCGGCGCCUGGCUCCUGGACAGCUGGCAGGCCAACGGCGGCAAGCAGCAGCGGAGCCGGGACGAGGACGAGGGCGACCUGGAUGACCUGCCGAUCGAGCUGCGCCGGCUCGAGGACCCGGCCUCGCUCAGGCUCGCCGCGAGCGCCAACUGCAGCGCUGCCCCACCGCAGCAGCACUCGGACAGCCUCGGCGUCAAGUCCAGGAGCCUCGGCAGCAUCGUCGAGGUGCAGCGGCUCGAGCUGGCGCGCUCCAGCUCGAGCAUACCGGGCCUCUGCGGCGAGCCGCGGGAGCCGCAGAAGCAGGAGAGCCUGCAGCAGAGGCAGGGACUGUCCCCGGCCUCCUCGAAGCCCCGGCUGGUCAAGCAAAAGAGCCACUUGCUCGACGAGGCCUGCUGUCCGGAGGCUCCUGAGAACACUGCCACGGAACCGAGCCUCGGGGACAUCCCGGAGCUGCAGGUGGAGCCGAGCGCGGAGCAGAGGCUGCCGCGCCGCGGAAAGGUGCAGAAGCAGAGCUCGAUGAACGAGGAGCUCAUGUCGAUCGAAAGACUGAAGGAGCGCGAGAGCGUGCGCCGCAACAUAACGAAGCAGGCCUCGCUGAACGAGGAGCUCAUCUACAAGAGCCGGCCGACCUUCGAGGCGUUCAGGGACAGCCUCUACUCGGGCAGCGCCAGCAAGCGCUUCCAGCUGCUCAAGAGUGGCCUUAGCAGCCGCAUCAAGCAGUCCACCAGCAACAUCGAGAAGGUCUCGGGCAUGUCCAUCAAGAACGGCUUCGUCCGGAUACUCCAGAGCUGGAAGUCGACCGAGAGCCCGUCGACGACGACGACGACGACGGCGCUGCUGAAGCGCGAGGGCCUCGAGCCGAUCGAGCGCCGGCUCUCCCGCGAGGACGGCUCCGACUCGUCCAAGGACAGCAGUCUGCAGAGCGACACGAGCGUCGACUCGGAGGACAGCUUCGCCUCGGUCAUCUACGUGCCGAAGAAGAACUCGAGCCCGCUGACCGAGGCCGCCGCGGCAGCCGUCCUCGGGCCGCCGCUCCAGCCCUCGGGCCCGGGCUACCAGCUGAACACGACCUCGGCGCCGCCCUCGCCGCGCCUCAAGUACGCCCCGGAGCUCGCGACGGCCCGGCGCCACACGCGGCUCAAGCUCAUGUCCGUGUCGCCGCUGCUCAAGCAGUUCCCCGCGACGAGCAAGAGCCUGCCGCCGCCCAGUCCGCCGGGGCUCUCGCCCAGGAGCCUCAACCAGGCGAACAUGCGGCCCUUCUUCUCCGGGAACGAGGCGGCCCCCAGCAGCGACAGGGCCUCGCUGCCCGAGCGGAUCGCCGAGGCGAAGAGGUCCUUCGACAGCCAGCCGCUGCCCGGGAUGCCGCCGACCCGGCCGGCCAAGCCCCCCGAGGACGGCUCGGCCCUGAUCGGCCUCAUCACCGAGCCGACAGACGAGGACGAGGAGAGCCGGCGCAACCGGCUGGACCAGAUCAAGGAGCUGCUGCUGCGCCAGAAGCCGGGCUUCGCGAGCCGCGCCAAGCCGGCCUUCCCGCUGGUCCGGCGGGCCAGCACCGCGAGCCCCGGCCGCCUGGAGAAGGCGAGCAAGGUGCUGCCGAGGCUGCUCUCCCUCGAGCUCUUCAACCCCGAGACCGACGACCUGGACAGCGACUCGAGCGGCGUCAGCUCACCCGAGUCCGUCGGCUCGGUCAUCAGCGUCAUCUCCGACGAGCGCUACGCCAAGAGCGGCAAGGAGCCCGGCGCCAACGGCAGCCAGUCCGGGGAGUCGGGCUCGCCGAGCCUCAAGCUGCUCGAGGCCGCGGCCAACGUCGCCAGCUCGCUCGAGGAGGCCGUGGGCGCGCUCAUCCAGCAGAAGCAAUCCAAGCCCGCGGCGAGUCCGGGCCGAAAAAUGUCUACGGCCGUGACCUGCAGCCAGGUGAGUAGCCCUAACGUCGAUACUCGACGGAGCGCGCUGGACGAGCACAUCUCGCCGGUCGAGAGCACGUGGAACGAGGAGUGCAAGAGGCACCUCGUCGACCUGACGGACCGGCUCAGCGGGAGCCUCGUCCACGAGAUCGACCAGUUCUGCCGCAGGAGCAGGCUCGCCGACGAGGCCCAGCCGAGCAAGCCGAGCAAGCCGAGCUCCGAUCGCCGGAGCAGCCUCGAGCAGUGCCACGCGCGUCAGGCCCCCGACUGCGGCGAGCCGGACGAUGAUAGUAAGCGCCGGACGAGUGGUAGCACCGACGAGGCCGAGCAGCAGCACGGCAACUCGAUCGAGUCGAGCGACAUCGGCGACUCGAUCGAGAACACGAUCAGCAGCGAGGCCAGCAGCCAGCCCGAGUCGCUGAGGACGCGGCGCUUCUGCACCGGCAGCACCGCCUCGCUCGCCUCCUCGAGCCUCGCCACCGAGCAGCCGGCCCGGGUGAAGCUAGCCGCGCAGGCCCGCUCCGCCUCCGAGGAGAUACCCCCCAGGCACCAGCGGCACCCGGCCCUCGCUCAGCAGCAGCACCACCACCAGCAGCAGCACCAGCAGCAGCACCAGCAGCAGCACCAGCGGACCGCCGGCCUGAGCAACGGCACCCUCAGCAACGGCACCCUCAGCGGCUCCUCCUCCCAGGAGUCCCUGCCCUCGGACCAGAUCACCUAUCACCAGUACUACCACGUGUUCCGGGAGGGCGAGCUCGACCAGCUGAUCAACAAGUACGUGGAGAACCUGCACAUCAUCUCCUCGUACUACGACCACGCGAGCUGGUGCAUCGUCGCCGAGAAGGUGCAGGUCUGGACCAUAUGACUGCUGCUGGAAAUCUAUCGUCGCCGCGUUAUUAGCUAGUUAUUGUUCUACGCGUAGCUACCCUUAACCGUUUCUUCUGAUAUUAUGCACGAAUCACGGACUCGAUCAUUUUUUAUUAUCAUUAUUGUUCGACGUUACAUUUGAUACUUUGGUGACUCGAGCAAUUUGUAACUUUUUAUAAAACACUUGUAGCAGUACACUAUCUCGCUCGCUAAUCGCGUCGACUCUCGGCUUCGAGGCGAAGACUCGAGUACGUUAUAAAAUAUUGCGACAAACUCGGCUUUCAUCGUCCCAGAGCAGGAUUAUCACUACCGCCUCGAGAUCUACGAUAUAUGAGAAUUCUUAGGACGUAGCUAGUAGUGCGACAAAGGCUAUCGGAAAAAAUGUUUUCUACUUGAAAAAAUUGACAAUCCUCGUUAAAAGUCUAUAUACCGAAUGUCUGAAAUAUAGGAAGGAUAGCGAGGAAAAUAAAGUGGAGAAUCUUAACACACGAGAGAUAAUAAUUAGGAAAACCAAAAAGUGUCUAUCUCAAGGUAAUGCCAGCGAGCGUCAACCUUCUCAAUAUACGCAUUCAUUAUAUACGAUGCGCGCGCCAAGGAUCGGCUCUCUCAAUAUUUCCUCUUCUUUUUUCUAUAUCAACGUCCGCAUAAACGCGCAUACACUCGACUUGAGAGAUCGAGGCAGACAUAAAUAUAUCCGACGCGCAUAGAAGCUCUUGUAACACUAUAUACGCUCUAAUAAUCACGUUGUAGGCUCAACGUUAUAUAGCUAUAUAUAUAUAUAUAUUACGAUAUAGUCAAGUAAGCGCCACUCUGUAAAUAUGUAAUAUACAAGUGUCAUUGUACAAGGAACAACAAGCGGAACAACGCCCUCGACGUAAGCGCACGCGUUCUUAAACCAUAGUCCCUUGUAACCUGUAUAGUUGCAUACACACCGAGAGAUGCGUGCGAGCUUUUUUCGUAGUCACUCGCUCGCAGGGCGCACAAGCCCGCAUUAUGUAUCUAUGUUUACUGCAUCGUAUGUCGACUCGUUCGGUUGCGUGAGUGAGCUUGUACUGUCAAGUGACGCAACUAUUCUACACCGAUGAUGCAAGCUUAUACAAUAUAUCCUCCGUUUUCCUUUCUAGCUAGACAUGUACGUUAUAUACGUAUACUAUAAUACAUAGAUUAGUGCCACCGUAUAGAACUAGCUGAUAUGCGUAUAAACGAUCACGCUUCGCUAUCGGGGGUCGGGAAUUUUUCUUUGGAGGAACUGUCUUUGUCGCGGGGGGGGGGAGGAGGAGGAUUAAUUUUCGUUGACGUUACGUUGAACAAGCCGUCGCGUUAUAUCGGCGCGACGAGAACCACGGACAAUAUGUACAUAUGUUUAAACAUAUUGCGUGCGUAUAUCAAUGAUAUAUACAAUAUGCGUAAGUAUAGGAAGUAAUUUUUUAACGAGCAAAAAAAAAAAAAAAAAAAAAUAACGAAUUAUCGAAUUAGUGUAAAAGGAAAAGGUUGAAAAUUAACGUUGACAUCGUUUGAACCUGAGAUUAUCUUAUCCAGUUCCUCCGAAAAUUGUCCGGCGACGCGUCUUCGGGCCGGCAAUAGAAAUGACGAAACGAUAUUAGCAUCGAAAUUUAAAAUUGUACUUGCAAGACAUUCCCAAGAAUUCAAAACUUGUUUCCUUUAUUUCAAGUGCCUACAUUCUAAGCUGAACUUGCAAGUCGAAGCUUCGGAUAAUAUCGUUUCGCGCACGCACACACACACACACACGCGUCCCGAAGACGCUGAUUGCGCGCGAGAAACGAAAACUCUAGUCAAGGCUCUAAUCGAGACGACCUGCGCGUCUCCCGCACACAACGCGAUAUAUACACUGUACUGAACGCAGGUGUAACGUAUAAUAUUUAGAAAAAUAAAGCAGGAAAAAGCUGACAAUGCAUAACGAAGAGAGAGAGAGAGAGAGAAAGAGGACACGCGAUCGAUGAGUCGGGUACAGUAUAGGCGAGUUUUUAUCGAUAAACAAACUAUAUAAAUGCGUAUACGUAGACGCAGAAAUAUUAAAACUAUAUACAAUUGAUGCGCGAGAGGGGAUCGAAGUAAUGUUAAAGCAAACCGCAAAGAAUAACCAACUAAACUUAAAUUAUUUAACGAUGAAACCAAAAACCGCGCGAGUUCAUAUAUAUAUAUAUAUAUAUUAUACACUCACACAAAGUAGUCAGCAGCUUCUCGGGGCAGCCGUUCAUUUGUGCCGAUCGCGCAAGUUAGUUCUAUAUUGUCUACUAAACUAUCGAAAGGGAGAGCGCGAGCGGAGUGAGAGAGAGAGAGACAGAGCGAUUGUAAACACAUUUGCAACUCCACCGUUCUCGUAUAUAUAUAUAUACCAAUAGGCGCGUUCGUUCGGAGCUUUAGCGAGGAGAAAAGGAUUGAUUACACCGAAAUGCACCAUCAUCGCGCGCGAGUAGAAAAUAAUGUCGCUGACGAGAGAGACGCGCCUGUGGAGCUCUGAGAAAUGGACUCGUCUGAUGCAGGGCCCAGCCACAGUCGGACUACUCGUGACGAAUGCGAAAAUAAAGCAUAAUUAUUGUCGGACCGAUGCUCAGACAAUUCACUCUCUCGGAGCUUCCGCAGCUGACCUCUGUAAGUGUACCGGCUUGCGGAAAAAACAAUAAACUAUAAGAACAAGUUUAACGCUAAAACAUACGCACUCACAUACAUAUAUAUAUAUAUCCCGCCAUAUCGGAUAAGAAGGACACAAGAGCGAUAUUGUACGUUGCAUCGAGCCAAGUUUCUCGUAGAGGCUUCGUUCGACUGUUGUUUAAAGCUAAAGCAAAAAGAAAGAACUAACAAAUUUAAUGCAUAUAACAGAGAAUAUAUAAAUAUACAAUAAAACAAAUUGCAGGACGGCCGGUUCGAAGCAUAAAUGCGAAUAAAGAGAAAAUCCACAUUAAUAGGUAUAUGCGAAAUAAGCAAAUAAAAAGAUGAAAUAAUUAAAGUAUGAAUAUAAAAAAAAAACUCGUUGCGAAGUUAAGUUUUAUAUCUAACGACCAUGCGUAUUAUUAAUAUUAUACAAAAAAAAAAAAAAGAUUAAAU